GUAACAGCUUUUCCAAGCCGAUCAUGAGGUGCAAAAGUGGAAAGAAGAGGCACGCGUUUCAAAGAGGCAACUUGAACUUAUAGAAUCUGAAUUAGCAGAUUUGCGCAUUUCUGCUAAACAUUUACGUGAUCGUAUCGUCCAGCUUGAAUCCGAAGGGGAGGUUUUCAAUUCGCUGAAAAACCGGAAUGAAGUUGCAGUUUCAGGCCUCACUCAAGUUGCUCGUGAGGCACAAGAUCGUGUUGCACAUUUAGAGGCUAGGCUUAGGUGA